UUAUUUCAAAAUUUAAAUUUAGUUUAUUCCGGGACGUCAAUUGAGGUGUGUGCAUCGAACAAAAGAGCAACAAAAAAAAAAUCUUUGUUUGAUUAUUGCGCGUGUAAUGUAAAUAGAUUUUUAGUUAAGUUUUUAAAUUAUUGCAAACAAUAAACAUUCUUGUUUUCCAUUGAUGCUUCCAAUAUAGUAUUGUGGUACAGUGUAAAUCCGCCAGUGUUGAUUGAAGAAAUUUAUGUGUGCACUGUGUUUACCUUUGUGUGAAGUGAUGGCGAAUAAUUCUGUCAGUAUCGUUUCGAAUUGAAUCGUCUGAACGGAUAUUUAUAAGAAACUUUGAAUUAUUUGAUUGUGAAAACGAUAAUCAUGGAGACUCUAAAAAUUGGCAUGAACGAUGGCCAAUAUGAUGGCAGCAAAAGAUUUCUGUGGCUUGCUGACCUGUGUGGAUUAUCUGUUGAUCUGAUAAACUUCCUGUUAUCGCAAGUGUUAGCGCUCUUCCUCGCAUCGUUCUUCCGUUCGUUUUUACAUCCGACAAAAGUACCAUCUGGCAUUCGACAUAUAUACGGCUUAUCGAUUGGCCUGUGUUUGGGCUAUUUUUGUUUCGGGCAACAAGCUAUUCACAUAGCCGGUCUUCCAGCCCUUUGUUACAUUGUUAUUCGUACCCAAAAUCCUCAGAUUGUUCAACGUGUUGUUCUGGUCGUCUCAAUGCUGUAUCUGUCCUGCAUUCAUCUUCACAGACUUUUUUACGACUAUGGAUCAGCUACGGUGGACAUUACUGGGCCACUGAUGAUUAUCACACAAAAGGUGACGACUCUAGCGUUUAGCAUACACGAUGGCGUUUACCGGGAUGAAAGUGAACUAUCCAAGACACAACAAUAUCAUGCUGUCCGCCAGUUGCCAUCAGCGUUGGAGUAUUUUGCGUACGUGCUGCAUUUUCAGGGACUCAUGGCUGGUCCUUUGGUCUUUUACCGAGAUUACAUCGAGUUCAUUGAAGGUUCACAUAUUCUGAGGCAUACACCGAGUAGUAAUGGUAACUUGGAUCAAAAUUUGAACAGCAAAAAGAUAAUCAUGGAACCAUCACCAAUGAAAGCAGUCGUGAAAAAAGUCAUCGGCAGUUUGAUCUGUGCAUUUGUGUACAUGAAGUUUGUCACGGUGUAUCCAAUAGAUGCAUUGAAAGACAAGGAAUUCUCAACGGGUACAUCAUUUUUGUACAAAAUGUGGUUCAUAAUGACAUCCACAACCGUCACAAGAUUCAAGUAUUAUCACGCCUGGCUGUUGGCCGAUGCAAUAUGCAAUAAUUCGGGCCUUGGAUUCAACGGCUAUGACAAAGAUGGCAACGUUAAAUGGGACCUAAUAUCCAACAUUAACGUUGUGUCAUUUGAACUUGCUACAAAUGUUAGAGAUGCCAUAAAUAAUUGGAACCUGGGAACUAAUAGGUGGUUAAGAAACGUUGUGUACGACAGAGUACCCAAACAGUAUGGAACAUAUUUAGUAUUCGCUUUAAGUGCCUUAUGGCAUGGAUUUUACCCUGGCUAUUAUAUUACGUUUGCUUACAUGGCGCUUGUAGUCACUGCAGCUAGAACGGCCAGAAAACUCUUCCGAUACCGCUUCCAAGAUACAGCAUUUAAGCGCCGAUUUUAUGAUAUUUUAACUAUUCUCAUAACAAGAGUGUUUAUGGGCUACACAACAUUUCCCUUUGUUUUACUCGAGUUACAGUCCAGCAUCAGAUUAUUCGUGGAUGUAUAUGGGUGCCUUCAUCUAGUCGCUUUGUUCGUAAAUAUUGUCUUGCCGAAACUGUUGCAAGGCGAAAAACGAUCAAAUUCCUUAAAAGCCUCAACCGAGCAGACCAAAACUGUUGACAGUGCUGGACCGGUUGAUGCAUGUGAUAUUAAUGAAACAACAAAAACAACAUCAUCAACGGACAAAUUGAAUGAUUUUAAUAGAACUAACGGUAUGAAUGGAAAUAAAGUUCUUGAUAGCAAGAACGGUGUGAAUGUUCGAGCAACCAUGAACGGUGCAAACGAUAUGAACAAUUUGUCGUACAUGAUACGUGAGAAGAUUGACUGUGAGACGAGAAAUAUUGAAAAUUUUAUCGAUAAAACUGUGGACAAAACGGUUACGGGUAUUGUUGAACUUAAAGAUGAUUUAAUGAGUUACGGUAACGACGAUCAAAUCUAUAUGAAUGCUGACGGUUUACGGCAGCGUAAUGUUGACAGAAAAUCGGAUAAUGAAAAUUUUAUCAGAAAGGAAAUUGAGGCUUUAAAUAAUGCUGUUCAACAGAACAAUGUUUUACCUGCUGUUUUAAGCAAUGGACAUGCCAAAUAAAACCUUAUAUCGUGACUUCACUGUACAAUUCAUCCCAUUUAAAAACU